AUGGUUUUCAAUAUAACUGGAAUGCGAAAUCACGACUUUGGUGUUAGGAAGCAUCGUAAAAAAGCGGAGGCAUUUCACCAAAGUCUUCAGUUCAUGCGAGAUAAGAAAGGCGGCUCUUCGCAGCGAAUGACGAGCGUGCGAAAAACUUUGGACAGUGAGCAGGAUCCGCCAUCAACAUCAUUUGCGUCGUAUUUCUCAGAGAUUAUUCUUAUAGGAGAUGUCAACGGAAAAAGGAAUCCAAUUUAUAUUUCUGAUUCACUUGGAAAAUCACAACAGCAUGUAGCAAAGAGGACUACUACUGCUAGCAACAAACCCGUCCAUUACGCCGAUAUUUCUGACGUUGAUUAUGGAACAACAGUCUCUGAUGAUGAUAUGGAAAACGAUUUAGUGGAUAUUCAGCCAUUUGAAACUAGUGACACGACAAGCGAAGUGUUCGUUAACACGAGUUUUGUAUCACAACGAAAUCCUGAACAGCACGUUAGUGUUAGUGUGCUGACGUUAUCACAGUUACCGGAGAACGCUGAACAUUCCACAGAAUAUGUUCCUGAUUUGAGAACACCAUGUGAAAGAGUCCCUCCUUCGGAUCAAGAAAUUGUUGUGCUUUCGACGCCUUGCGAUGCAACGCAAAUUCGUAAAGAGUCUUCGAACAGUUUUGAUCAGUUAAAUCCAGUAGAUAUUAAUCCCAUGCAAGCAUUCUCGCCUUUGGGAGAUCAAAACUGUGCUAGCACUUUUGAUGAUCGCUCUGAAUCUUCUAUCACUGCUGCGAAUGAGGACCAUUCAAUAAUGGAUGAAACAAAUCAAAUGGAACCACCAGUCUUGGACGGACCUAUCAUUGUUUCUCAAUGUGAAGUUAAAUCGACUACUGAAAUGCCGCCUACUCUAAUGGCAGAUGGCAUUGAGCAAAAGGAACCUCCGAAACCGAUCCACUAUGUUGUUGGAGAAAUUUACAGAGUGCAUACACCAAAUGGAACUGAGCAAGAAGUACAGUUAGCUGUUAUGGACGAUGGUUCUGAAGCCCUAGUGAAUGUUAACGGCGAAAUAAUUGAUAUGACACCGGAGGAUGGGUAUGCUACCAUCGACAUUUGCGAUAUUGAUUUCAACUUUUUGGACGACAAGAAUAUUGUGUGUGGUCUAUGUGGAGAAGUAGUAUUGUACUCGUCGCUAUUCAAUGGUCAUUUUAGUAGAGUCCAUCCAGAGCUUUAUACAGAUUUCCACUAUUUGUUCCAGAUGCUAGACGCUGACAUGCUUAUUGGUGGAGUGCCUUACGUGGAAUAUUUGAAGACAAAGUUUUCAAAGCAAUCAGUAUUUCGGAGGACUCCUCGUAGAGUUAGCCAAAUACGAAUCAAUCCAACUGAAAUGUCAAUGGCCCAGCUUGAAGUUGCGUUGAAGAAGAAAUUAUUGGAGAAGAUGGGACGAAAGUUUUCAUUCACAUCAUACAGAAGUGUUCGCUUUCGUUCAAUAAAGAGUAAACUACAGGUCAGUGUCUCCCUAGUUGACAAGGAGCAUGUAAAAUGUGGUAUCUGCAACUCUGUGAUCUCUAUUAAUAAGAAAUUUGAACUGUUCUUUAUUCUGAAGCAGACCAUUGGUAUACAUGCGUACAUCCUUAUUCAGAUUGUACAUGUCGUUCGCCAUUUCAACGCCUGGCAUCCUACAAAUCAUCAAUGUGCUGGGCAGUGGCAAAAAAGGACUCAGAAACCCGGAUUGGGAAAGCCACUGUCAAAGCAGGAUUUUGCCGUUAUUGAUCUCUCACACACACAACCAGAUAAUCUGCAAUGCAUUUGGUGUGGGAUGUUCAUCGAUGCAACAACUAUAGCAGUGCACUUCACAGAUUGUCACCCUGGAGAGGUUGAGGUGCCCAAGUGCCUGCUAUGCAUCCAGGAGCUAGUAAUCAAUGCUCGUAUCAUAGAGAAAUUUGGAUCCGAUUUUGACGUUAUCCUUCCUGAUGAGUUUCAUAUAAAAGUCGAGAAGUUAAACAAAUUGUUCACAUCCGAGUCGCAAAUGGACAAUGUGAGUUUAUGUAACUUUCAAAAUGAUGUAGCAAUAGAGAGAUAUCUUGAUACUUUAAAUGGGAAGCGGAAAAAGGCUCCAUUAACUGUGGAACGCAGAGUUUUUGACGGUGACUCUGUAGUCGUGCAUACUACUGCCAUUCCGGGAGAGGAAGUUGCAGUGGAUGACGUCGAUGAAGUAAUCGCUCGUCCGAGACCGACCAAUGCUUUUAGACCAAUAGUCGUCAAGUUUUUGGUCGACAUAACAAACCGAAACGGAGUAUGGUCCAGCCGAUUUAUCGGUGCUUUCUUUAAAGUUUCUUUUUGCGAAUUGCAGUAUGUCAAACAUUUCAGUCAAGCUCCACCCACGAACUCCGAUUACGUGAAGGUCAUAAGUGAUUCACAUUGGAAAUGCAAGAUCUGUGAUGCUGAUCUAUAUGGCGCUGUUAUCUCAGCUUGUGCGUACUGUCUUGUUGUCCUAUUUUACGUUAGUGCCAUUCGUCACUUUAAGUUGAAACAUCCCCAGGAAUCAGACAGCCUUCAGUUCGAAGUAGUUCGAGCCCGCCUUGAUAGGAUAAGCGAUGGAUGUAUGGAGUUCGUACACCCACAAAUGCUGGAGUGCUUAAUUUGCCAUCUUACUUAUCAGCUGCACAAGCCUUACAAUGUGUGUCGCGGGAUCCGGCACCUGAAAUCCCGACACCCUGAAAUAAUGCCUGAAUUUAAUGGCGAACCACUUCGUCGAUACCGGAAAACUGGUACUGCUUUGCGACUAGAUGACGAUCCUAACAUUCCAAGACGUCGCAAAGAUGCGCGGAUGCCUGUUGAUAAUGAUCUUCUGGCUCGUUUGAAGGCGCAAUACCCUAAUAGCUUCGAUAAGGUACAAACAAUUUAUGGAACUGCUGGUGAACCUAUGUAUGUGCUUAUGAGCGAAAGUAAUGAAGCUGAUGAGGUUGUCAAGGAGAACAUGAAGCUGAUGUCCAAUGUAUCAGCUUUCGAACCAGAAAAGAGUGCUGAAGCAGAAGAGGGUAACGGAGAAGAGAUUUCAUCAGACGACAUUAAACCGAGACAAGAAGUUGUAUUCGAGUUAAGCUACGAUUAUAACAACUUGGAUGCUGAAGGUAAGCCGCGGAAGCAUUUGGUUCGUGUAACGCCGGGUAUGCAGAACAAGUUGCCGUUGAGUUCGGAUACGUGUGCUAGGUAUAUUAUGGAGAACGAAAGCAGCGUCAGUAUCCCGGAGGCGCAACUGGAACACAACGAAGUACGAAAACACGAUGCGAAUGAAGUGUUUUUUGAUGAAGGAGCACAGGGUGAAGAAAAUUCCACAGAUGAGACAACGGUAAUUCUGGGUGAUGUUUUGUUCAUUGACGCAGAUGGUAACGAGAUUAUCCAGCGAACCACUGCUCUUCAGGAUGGAACUGUUCAACAGCAGUAUUUAGGCCAGGCAGAAAAUGGUUCCUUCUUUGUACUUGGUGACGCUGUGUCGGCAGGGUUGCACCCUUGUGCUGACGUUGUCGAUGUUUAUGAGGAGGAAUUAGUAAAUGAUAGUGCGGAGUCACAAAAUUUGAUACUUCAAGAGGGUUAUGAAAAUCAGGUUGGCAAUGUCGCUAAUCAUCUUAACCAAGGAAAUAAUCGUAACGGACAUCGUGGUCACAGUGAAAUAAGCGAAGGACAGGAGUUUGAUGCCAGUAACACUGUUAUUGUGGGGGAGGCAUAUAGUGAUGACAGAGCAGUUUUAGUAGAGGAAUUUUCCGAUUGUGUUGAAAUCGGAGAAGCGCAACCAAAAUACAGCCGUAAGGUGGUGAUCGGUGAUAAUGUACAGUACGAUGAAGGUGAAGUAGCAUCGAAUGAAGAGGUUUUUCGGGAAAGACUUGUUACUCGAGAUGAGCGAUUCGACCGUGGCGCUACAGAAGUUGGGCAUUCGACCACAAGCGGCUGUCAGCAGAAUGUCUCGGAGCAGAAUACUAGUACAGUGGUUAAAAAUAGGUAG